AUGUCGUACGCCCACGUCGGGGCGCCCACAGCCUUCAAUGGCACGGACGACAGCAUCGGUGGUGAUUCCACCACCGAGAACCUCAACCAGUGGUAUCAGGCCGGCGACCAGGCCUUCAUCCUCCUGAGCGCCUGUCUCGUCCUCCUCAUGGUCCCUGGCAUCGCCUUCCUGUACUCGGGCCUCGCCCGGAGAAAAUCGGCCCUCUCCAUGCUCUGGGUCGUCAUGAUGUCCUUUUCCGUCGUCGUCUUCCAGUGGUACUUUUGGGGAUACUCCCUGGCCUUCGGCCAGACAUCCGGCAACCCCUUCAUCGGAGACCUCAAGCACUUCGGCCUCAUGAAGGUCUGGGCCACGCCCUCGGUCGGCUCCCCCCUCAUCCCUGCCCUCCUCUACUCCUUUUAUCAGAUGAUGUUCUGUGCCGUCACCGCCGCCCUGACCGUCGGUGCCGUUGCCGAGCGUGGCCGUGUCAUCCCCGCCAUGGUCUUCACCUUCUUCUGGGCCACCCUGGUCUACUGCCCUCUCGCCUACUGGGUCUGGAACGCCAACGGCUGGGGCUUCAAGCAUGGCGUCCUCGACUAUGCCGGCGGCGUCCCCGUCGAGAUCGGCUCCGGUGUCUCCGCCCUGGCUUACUCCUGGGUCCUCGGUCGCCGCAACGACAAGAUGAUGAUGAACUUCCGCCCCCACAACAUCUCCCUCAUCACCCUCGGCACCAUCUUCCUCUGGUUCGGCUGGCUGGGCUUCAAUGGCGGCUCUUCCUUCGGCGCCAACCUUCGCGCCGUCAUGGCUUGCUGGAACUCGUGCCUGACGGCCAUGUUCGCCGCCAUGACUUGGUGCCUGCUCGACUUUCGCCUCGCCAAGAAGUGGUCCAUGGUUGGCUGGUGCUCUGGCACCAUCUCUGGUCUCGUCGCCGCCACUCCCGCCUCUGGCUUCAUCGAUCCUUGGGCUAGCAUCGUUCUCGGCGUCGUCGCCGGCAUUGCUUGCAACUUUGGCACCAAGGUCAAGUUCCUCAUUCGCAUCGACGACAGCCUCGACGUCUUCGCUGAACACGGUAUCGGCGGCAUGGUCGGUCUCAUCUUUAACGGCUUCUUCGCUACCGGCAAAGUCAUCGGGCUCGAUGGUGUCAACACUGGCCUGACGGGCGGUUUCCUUGACGGAAGCUACGUCACCCUCGGCUGGCAGAUCGCUGCCAUUGUCGCCUCCUCGUCGUACGCCUUCGUCAUGUCCGCCAUCAUCGCCAAGAUCAUCGACAUCAUCCCAGGCCUGAAGCUGCGCGCCUCCGAAGAGGCAGAACUUCUUGGCAUGGACGACGACCAGCACGGCGAGUUCUCGUACGACUACGUCGAGGUUCGCCGAGACUUCCUUGCUUGGAGCCCUCACCGUGACGAGCCGGCCGAGGAUGGCGAGGCUCUGGAGCCGCAGCAUGGCAUUCAGGAGCACGCGAGCAUGAUUCGCCCCCACAGCUCCUCCGAUGGCGGCGCCGUCGUUGAAGAGAAAAAGUCGCCUGCCUCGUCGCUGCAGGACGAGAGGGUCAAGGUGGAAGGAGAGAAGCAGGCGUAG